GGAGCAGCCGCUGGUGGCGAAGGGGGUCGAGGGGCUUUGGCGAGGUGCGUGUCAGGGCGGAUCCGGCCCUUGCAGCUCUUUUUGAAAAAUUAAACCUGAAAGAGGCCAUGGUAGACCAAGACAUUUGAUAAGUUUUUGAAUAUGGAGCAAGCACCAGUUGCAAAGCGACUCUAUGUUGGAGGACUUGGCCAUACUGUUUCUGAAGCUGAAUUGCAGGAAAGAUUUGGCAAGUUUGGAAAUGUUGAAGAGACAGAAAUUGUGACCCGGAAGGAUGAACAAGGGAACCCUACAAAAACCUUUGCGUAUAUCAACAUCAACCUUUCAGAAAAAGAACUUAAAAAAUGUAUAUCUGUUCUAAAUAAGACAAAAUGGAAAGGUGGGACGCUACAAAUAGAAUUAGCCAAAGAGAGCUUUUUGCACAGACUAGCACGGGAACGUCAAGAGGCGAGUAUAAAGAAGGAAAAGCCAAACAAUAAUGGUGUAGCGAAUGUUCUAGAAUCCAUGAAGAAAUCUGGAGUUGUAGGUUUUCAUGUGAAAGCAGUACCAGGAACAGAAGUACCAAAUCAUAAGGACUGGGUUGUUGGCAAAUUCGGCAGAGUUUUACCCAUCCUUCACCUGAAAAGUCAACACAGAAGCAAAAUAUCCUUUCUACAGACUGAGUAG